AUGAAAAGAUCUGAAGAUCUGAACGAGGAGCUCGAAGUGAAUAAAAAAUUACACACAAUGUCUCAAAAUUCUGACACUAAUCGCGAGGACCUUUUUCAAACCGUGGGGGAGUCUGUUCAGGAAAUCGACCAGCAAGAGCAACCAGAUGUUGUCGUUCCAACAAACACCGGAGCUGCUGACGCUGAGGGCCAUCCAGUGCAGGAGAUCGAGUCCUUGUGUAUGAACUGUCAUGGAAACGGUACCACCAGACUGCUGUUGACUUCGAUUCCAUUCUUCAAAGAAAUUGUCCUAAUGUCAUUUGAAUGCCCACACUGUGGAUUCAAAAACUGCGAGAUUCAACCAGCAUCGCAGAUUAUGGAAAAGGGCAGCAAGUACACUUUGAAAAUCGAAGAGAAGUCCGAUUACAACCGUCAAGUUAUCAAGUCCGAGACUGCCACUUGUAAGUUCCAGGAGCUCGACAUCGAGAUUCCAGCCAGAAGAGGCCAGUUGACCACAGUUGAGGGGCUUCUGAGUGAAAUGCUUGACGAUUUGACCUCGGACCAGCCGGCCCGGAAAGCCGUCGACGAAAGUCUUCACGACCAGAUCAAGGCAUUUAUCUCGAAGGUCAGAUCCUACCUGAAUUGUGAACCUGGAACCUUGCCACUGACAUUUACCUUGGACGAUCCUGCCGGGAAUUCAUGGAUCGAGUACAAGCCCGGCGAGGCGGCUCACAAAUGGUCACAGACCCAGUACGUAAGAUCCGGGGAGCAAAAUGUUCAAAUCGGGAUCAUCUCACAAGACCAGCUGGAGCAACAGCGUCAGGAGGAACUUGCCAAAUUGGCAGACAAGGAAAGAAAUCCAUCUGAGGCACAAAAGCCAACAUUUCUAUCUGAUGAGACCGAUAUCGAGAACUUCAGCAACGAAGUACAGACAUUCAGAUCUACCUGCUCCUCAUGUGGCCGUCCUUGCGACACCCACAUGAAACCUGUCAAUAUUCCUCAUUUCAAAGAAGUGAUUAUCAUGUCUACAGUCUGCGAACACUGUGGCUACAAGUCUAAUGAAGUGAAGACUGGUGGUGCGAUUCCCCAGCAGGGCAGGAGAAUCACGCUUCUAUGUGAUGAGCCCGAAGAUCUUUCUCGUGAUAUUUUAAAGAGUGAGACAUGUUCCAUGACCAUCCCCGAGCUAAGUUUGGAUAUCCAACAGGGGACGUUAGGUGGCAGAUUCACCACUCUAGAGGGGCUUCUGCAACAGGUCUAUGAAGAGUUGAAAAAUAGAGUUUUUACACAAACCUCUGACUCCAUGGAUGAAGAAACCAGAACGCGUUGGGAGAAGUUUUUCGCCACUCUACAGAACGGUUUGGAUGGUAAAAUGAAAUUUACGGUGACAAUGGAGGAUCCGCUUGCUGGUUCAUACAUUCAGAACGUCUAUGCUCCUGACGCAGACCCAAACAUGACGAUUGAAGACUACGAUCGAACUCCUGAACAAAACGAAGACCUCGGUAUCAAUGACAUGGUUACCGAUUAA